UCUGUGAAGCGCUGUGUGCUGAGUUCCAGUGCAUCGUGUCUGUAGAAAGACAGACUGUAGUAGGUUUAUAUUAGUACAUUAUUUGGAAUGAUACAUUUGGACAGGAUACUAAGGAUUUCUUAGUAUAUCUGUUCAAGUCAGAAAAUGAAAGUAGUCGCGUUGAUAAGUGGUGGGAAAGACAGCUGCUACAAUAUGAUGCAGUGUGUUGCUGCUGGACAUCAGAUAGUGGCUUUAGCCAAUUUACGGCCUGCUGAGAAUAAAGAUGAAUUAGACAGCUAUAUGUAUCAGACUGUGGGUCAUCAAGCUGUUGCCUUGUAUGCUGAGGCCAUGGACCUGCCACUUUACAGACAUACUAUUGUAGGAGAAAGUUUGGAUACUGGAAGGGAUUAUAUUGAAUGUGAAGGGGACGAAGUUGAAGAUCUAUACCACUUAUUGAAGCUUGUUCAGGAGAAGGAGGGUGUUGAAUCAGUGUCUGUGGGGGCCAUUCUUUCAGAUUACCAGAGGGUCAGAGUGGAAAACGUGUGCAGGAGGCUCGGCCUUCAGUCUCUAGCUUACCUUUGGCACCGAAACCAGGAGGAUUUGCUCAGAGAAAUGAUAUCAUGUAACAUCCAGGCCUUGAUCAUUAAAGUCGCAGCUUUUGGUCUUGAUCCUGAUAAACAUUUGGGAAAAACACUGGGUGAAAUGGAACCACAUCUUAAACAGCUUUCCAAGAAGUAUGGUGUUCAUGUUUGUGGUGAGGGUGGAGAGUAUGAAACAUUUACCUUGGACUGCCCUUUGUUUAAGAAAAAAAUUGUUAUAGAUUCAAUGGAAGCUGUUGUCCAUUCAGCAGAUGCUUUUGCACCAGUUGGCUAUCUACGGUUUUCAAAAAUGCAUCUAGAAGACAAAAAGAAUAGUCCAUUGCCUGCUUCAGUUCCUUUUGGUGGUUGUCCAUGUCUAAGCAAUAUUGACAACAUCACAGACAGUGUGGAAGAUGAAGUUCUGGAGCCCCUAGAAAGGAUUUCAACAGAUACAUACAGUAGAGGUCCAUUGGACUAUGGAGACCUUUGUUCUUGCUCAGGAAGAACUAAGCUUGGCUAUCAGUGGAUUUGUGGCAUUUCUGGUGUUUCAGUUGGCCAUGAGGAUGCAAGUGUGGAGGAUCAAACCAAGAAUGCUUUCUUGGUGCUACAAGGUAAACUGGAAGAGAGAGGAUUUCAUCUAAAGAAUAUUGUUUUGGUUCACUUGUAUGUGAAGACCAUUGCUUACUUCAGUGCAGUUAACACCGUGUACCAGUCCUAUUUUGAUGUAAAUCCUCCUGCCAGAGUCUGUGUGGAAGUCCCUUUACCUGAUGAAGAGUUAAUCCAGAUUGACUGUCUCCUUCAUAAUUGUGAAGUACCUGCAGAAGAUACAAUGUUUCAAUGUAAGCAGGUCAUGCAUAUCCAAAGCAUUUCACACUGGGCCCCAGCUAAUAUAGGACCCUACUCUCAGGCAGUGAAGGUUGGUGAAGCCGUAUUUUGUGCUGGGCAGAUUGGUCUUAUCCCAUGCACAAUGCAUCUUGUCCAAGGGGGAGCACCGACUGAAGCCAUGCUAUCUUUCAGCCAUGUGGAGAAAGUGCUGAGUGCAAAAAGUAGUGGUCUGACUCUAAAUCACGUACUCCUAGCAAACUGCUAUGUCACAAGCAAAAAGAACAUCCCACUUGUCCAGAAAGCCUGGGAAAGAAAGCUGAAAGAGCAGUUUGGAGAGGAGGAAGCAUACGGAGAGGAAGAGACCAAGUGUGGACCUAUGGUGGUAGCUGUUAUCUCCCGUCUGCCCAGAGAUGCAGCUGUGGAGCUACAUGUCGUGGCUUGCGCAGAUGACGCCAGGCAGAGAAAGUCCUUUUCCGUCAGCAGAGAUGUAACACCUGGCAGCAUAGAAUGUGAAAUAGUGGAAUCCAGCUCCUCAUCCUCAGCCAGCAUCUCCUUGUCUCUGAGCCUGCCACGCUCUCCCCCUAUCACACAGGCAGAGGAGGGGCCCCUGCUUUCUGGUCUCAUCUCAACCUUCCAAGAGGCGCUGCAGAAACUGGAUGGCUGUAUACUUCCCUUAUGUAUCAGGGCUUUCUACAAGCGCAACAACGGUGUUGCUAGAAAACUUGUGGCAGGAUUUGGAGAAUCCCUCAAGCAUCAUUUGGACCAGAGGAACCCUGCAAUGGUUUUUGUACCAGUCGAUGAUUUGCAAGACUUGAGAGUCCUACAGUUUUCCUGCUGGCUAAGCCAAUAGUGAACAACAACGCAUAAACUGUUACAUUGUUUUUCACUUCAGAUCAUUCGGUUUUGUCCUUAGUUUAGUCAACAACCAGAAAAUGUAUCAUGAACUUCAGUCUUGCGUCUCCUCCUUUUCCUUUUGCACUACUAAGCAGUCUGUAGUGUCAAUUGGAUUCAUAACUGCAAACAUGGCUCCGGAAAAAGGUUCUUUUCUCUCUACACCUUGAUUUACCUCACUGUCAGUUUUGUGUCUUCGUGUCUCAAAAUGUACUACAGCAAACAGAGUUUGGUAUCUCUGGCUGUUCUAUCUAAAUGCAUCUCUUUUAUAUUUCAUUUAAUAAAAGUUGUAGAUUUGUUAGGUUUCUGGAAAAUGUACAGUGGGGCUGUGCUUUCUGGCUGACCAUAUUAAUUGCCCAUUCCCUGUUGUAUAAGUUGAAACUUAAAGAAGAGACACAUCUGGUUUAAGUCCUGCUUUCACCAGUUUUCUGACCAUGAUUGGAACUCUAUAAAAACCACGGUGGCUUUGGCUCUCUCAAAACUGGUAAAGAGAAAUGUUAUAGAUCUCUCUAUGCAGCUACUGAACUAAAAAACAAUGGGAAGGAUGUCACAUGCCAUGCUCUGUCACACUCCUGAACUGAGAACCUUGGAAACAUUAUUUUGCAUAUGCAAUAUAUUAUUUUACAUUAAUGUAAAAAAUAAUUGGUUGUGGAAUGUUGUACGUUUUUUAAAAGAAAACAUAACUUACAGUACAUGUUGAAUUAACUUGCAAAUUAGGGAUCGGUGCAUGAUACAUAUCAAAACUGGAUAUUAACUUUAAAAAUUAACUCCAGACUUUCCAAAAAGUCAACCCACCAAAGAAUAUUGUUAUGAAGCAAAACGUCGCCUUACACAAUUGCCACUACCAUUCCACUGAUGAGAGUGUGCACAUAUAACCAUUUUAUUCUAAUUCUAAUUAAUUAUUUUUUAUUUUGUAAAAAUGCACUAUGAAUUGCAUUUUGUAACAUCAAAAAAUAAAUACUGAAGUGAUGUGUAUUUCACCUGUGCUGUGUUAAAUGUACUGUAUAUGUUUUCUCAGAAAAUAAAUUGUGGUUUUCACAGGA